AUGCCGGGAGCCGGGAACGGGACCUGCCCGGGCUGUCCGCCUCCGUCCCCCUCCUCCUCCGGCCGCCCCCCGGGGGAGACCACGGCCCUGGCCGCCGCCCUCAUCGUCACCAUCGUGGGCGACCUCCUGGGCAACACGCUGGUCAUCCUCUCCGUGCUGAGGAACAGAAAGCUCCGCAACGCCGGGAACAUCUUUGUGAUCAGUUUAUCUGUGGCUGACCUGGUUGUUGCAGUGUAUCCCUACCCUUUAAUCUUAAGUGCAAUUUUCCACAAUGGGUGGACUCUGGGAAACAUUCACUGCCAAAUCAGUGGCUUUCUCACAGGUCUAAGUGUUAUUGGAUCUAUCUUUAAUAUCACGGCCAUCGCCAUCAACAGAUACUGCUACAUCUGUCACAGCCUCCGAUAUGACAGCCUGUUCACCCUCAAGAACACAUGCCGUUUCCUUUGCCUGAUGUGGCUAUUAACAGUGGCAGCCAUCGUGCCAAACUUUUUUAUGGGCUCUCUUCAGUAUGAUCCUCGGGUUUACUCCUGUACCUUCACCCAAACAGUUAGUUCAUCCUAUACCAUUACAGUAGUGGUCAUCCAUUUUAUCCUUCCUCUGUCAGUGGUGACGUUCUGCUACAUGAGGAUAUGGAUUCUGGUGGUUCAAGUCAAACACCGGGUGAGGCAAGACUCCAAGCAGAAGCUAAGAGUGGCCGAUUUUCAAAAUUUCCUAACUAUGUUUGUGGUUUUCAUCCUGUUUGCAGUCUGCUGGGGACCAUUAAAUUUUAUAGGUCUUGCCGUUGCUAUCAAUCCUUGGAAAGUGGCACCACAGAUUCCAGAGUGGCUGUUUGUUAUGAGCUACUUUAUGGCCUACUUUAACAGUUGUCUGAAUGCCGUGAUCUAUGGGCUUCUCAACCGGAAUUUCCGAAAGGAAUACAGGCGCAUCUUUCUGACUCUGAGGACCCCAAGGUUACUCUUUUCCAGUUUGUCAAGGGGUGGAACCGAAGGGAUCAAGAGCAAACUAUCCCCAGUCAGGACAAAGAAAAAUCAAGCUGAAAUCCAUGUGUAAUGAAGAGUGAAUCUGUUUAUCCAUAUUAAUGGGAGAUUCCAUUUAUAAGGUUUGUCCCACUUGCUCAUUUCAAAACUCGAACUUUUGAUUUUUGAUUUCACCUUGGGGCUAGCUGGUUUGAAUCAUGGUAGUCUCCUAGAAGCAGUUGAGUGAAAAUUAUCUUUUUCUUCCAGCAAGGAGAAGUGAGAAUUCCAAUAUUUCAAAACUAGCCAUGGUUUUUCUCAAACUCACUGUUGCUCUAAAGAGUGUUCCUAACACAGUGAUCAAACUCAUUGCUUUUCUUAACGCCUCUAUCGACUUGUCAGUUGAUUAGUUGUAUUUAUUGAGUGCCUACUGUGUACACUUGAGAGAGUUCAACAGAAUUAUAAGGCAAGAUUCCUGCAUGCAGAGAAUUUUCUGGCUAAUAGGGGAGACAGACACUAAAAUAAGGAAAAAGGAAUAGGAUAGUGAUGGGUACAAGAAUUCCUACUCAGUAAUCAAAUUGAGGUCUCAUCACUAAACCGGGUAUUAGGUUAACUAAGCAAUUGUCCAUUUCAGAUAACAUAAAAACAGACUGGGCAAAGGUUUAUAUAGAUUCUAAAUUUAAUCUUUGGAGACAUGAAAACCCCAAACACUCUUUUUCAGAUCAGGAGUAAGAAUAGAACAAAUGGUACACUUGAAUUACAGAAAGAAAUUUGGAGUUAAAGUCUAAUUAGCUCACACUGUGUUGAAUAGUGGCCAGUGAGCUUUCCAUUUUAUCUCCUAAUUUCUGCAAAUAAAGAUAUUAAGAAGAAAAAAUAAAAAAAAACUAUUGUAUACCUACACUGUCUUAAGCUAAUAUUUGUAUGGGGUACUAAUUAGGAAAAGAAACAAAGUGUUCAUUCUAAACAUUGCUCCACAAUCUUGUUAGUAUCAAUUUGUGUGAAGAAAAAAUUAGAAAUGGUUUCAUUCUAAUCCUCCUAAACCUUUCAGAUGCCUUUGACACUGUGGCCCACACUUUCUCCUGGAAGCACUGUCUAUCCUUGGCUUCACUGACACCGUCCCCUUCUGGUUUUUCUAGCUCUUUUGUCGUCCCCUCCUCCAUCUCCUUUUUAAAAAAAUGUUA